CCAUUUAUAGCACAGUCCACCUUGGCUGAUCUCAAUCAGGGCUCAUCCUGGCGCGCCAAACGGCUUGUGAGGCGGCACUUAACAUCAGACUCGCAUCCCGUGUCAAGUGUAUUGCUCCAGCUGCUCCUCCGAGCCAUCGAGGCUAACCCUUUCUGCCCAUAG